AUGCUCGCAGGUGAGAGGCUGCCCUUCACGUGUGAGGGCCACACAACCUCCUACGAAGGCGAGACGGUGACGGGCGUCAAAAACAGUGCGGCAGUCGUCGACGGGCAAGCGUAUCCGAUUAUCCAAUCGAAUGGAGACUUUGACGAGGCCGCUGGCGCAGAAUCGAUUGCCCAAUCUAAUGGAGACUUUGACGAAGCCGCUGGCGCAAGCUCCUAUCGUCCCUCUCCCGGCGCGAUCAAGUGCCUCGGUAACCGCAGAACUUCCAAAGAGCGUCAUGAAAGGACAGGCACUGCAACUGGAGGCAUUUUUGACGAAAUCACCGGCUGCACUUACUUCAAUAGAAAGGCUGCUUAA